CCCAGGCCACCGCGCCGGCCCCAAGAGCUCCGGGAGCUCCCUCAUCCUCGUACCCUUACCCGGCGCCUCAUAUGAGCCAAAUUUGUGCCGAAGGAAGGGGGGGAGAAAUUGCCCGCUGCCUGGUGAAAAGGUCACCAUCGGAGAGGGAAGUGUACAAAACCGGUUCUGCAUAAGAGUUGGUGAUAACCGACUGAAGAGCAGUUGCAUCACCUUUCCUCCUGAUAUCCUCUUGUAACAAGAGCGCUCUGUCGUGCGUGCCAUCUUCCAUUAGGUCUGCAUGAGUGAAAAGUGCUGAAGGAGUGUAAUAAAUUGAACCUGUGCAGUCAUACUGGUCAAGAAAGACAGAAGACAGUUUGAACCAUGGCAAGCCAGGACUUGAUGGCAAAAAAAAGAGAAUGUCUCCAGGCCUACAGCUGGUGGAGAACACCGCAGAAGAAACGGAAGAAAAAGAACAAAAUAAAACCAGGAAGAAUAGAGUUUGUCCCAAGUAGUACUAACACAACCAGACCGGAUUAUUCAAUAUUUGUUGGGGAGCUGACUCCAGAAGUAGAUGAUUUUCAGCUCUAUGACUAUUUCCUAAAGAGGUACCCUUCAUGUAUUGACUGCAAAAUAGCAACAGACCUGCUGGGAUAUUCCAGAGGGUAUGCCUUUGUCAGAUUUGGUGAGCAAGGUGAUCAGAUGAGGGCACUGCAAGACUGCCAGAAUGCACCAGGUCUGGGGGGAAAACGAAUCCGGCUGAGCAUAGGAAUUUCUAAAAGGCUGAAAGCAGAAUUCCAGCGGUACCAGUCAUACAACUAUAAUGAUUAUUAUCAAGAUUAUCAGAACUACUAUUCACAGUGGAACUACGAUCCUUAUGCCGACUACAACUACAGCUCCUAUACUCCCUAUGAUAGCAUGCAAGCUGUUGGAGACUGCUCUUUGGGAGAUGCUGUUAUGGCUCCAGCUGUUUUUGAGGAAGCUUCAACUAUGACUGAAAUCAAUGAUGACCUAAUAACUGAAGAUCCACAGCUAUACUUGGAUGUUGAUGAAAUGAACAGACAAUUUAUGGAGACAAGUGAAGAACUUUAUGAUGCCCUCAUGAAUUGUCACUGGCAACCUCUGGAUACGGUCACUUCUGACAUCCCCUCUGCUAUUUAAGUGUCUUAUAUAGCAUGACCGUUAUGACCAAGGGAUGCUCUUGGACCAACAGCUUCUUUCUAGCGCUACCUCAAAGUAACUUGCAGAUAUAACUCACAGGGAAGAUUGAUCAAAUGGUGAUGAUCACUAUCAUUCUGCUGGAGAUAUAUAUAUUUGCCUUUUGUUUCGUCUCAUUUUAAUGACAUUUAUUUAACUUCAGUGACUCAUGUCAAUAGACGUUGUUUGACUACAUCAACAAGUAUUUCUGAGUCAUGAGUUUCUUUAAAGGUAUGUCACCAUAUGGAAAUUGUUCUAAAUAAGUAAAUAAAGCGGCACUUGAAUUUACAGAGCAAAUGUAGCAUAGCUGCAUUUGACAUGUAUGUGGAAGAGAAAAUUGUGUUUACAGCUUACCGUAAUAUUCUUAGCAUGCAUAAAGAGGGAAGCUUGUUUUAAAUUUGCCUAGCACAGGAAUGAUU